GCCUGCAAAACGACCCAAUGAACAUAUCAACAGUGGACAGACUGAUAACAUAAUUGCAAAUAAGUCGUCAUGCUUAGACGGAUACUCAUGGACUACCACUAAACAGUAAACGAUUAUUUAUUAAGAUGACGAUAUCACCACAGCAGAGUAGAUACUGGCUAAACGAGCUACUAUCCAUUCGUCGAACAAAAGUUAUAAAGUAGUUUGUCCUACAGUCAAUUUUGUACAAUUAUAGUCUGCCAUGUACAAAAACUUAAAAGCUCGUCACCAUCUUCUCAAACAAUGAUUCCCUCAGCAAUUGUUAUUCGCGUGUAUUAAGCUAAAACUUCAACCAAAUGUUAAUUGACUUCCAAUAACUGACGCUUUUGUUUUCCAAUGCUGAGAGACAAACGAAAAACAAAAGAAAUCUACGCGGGCAAACAUUAUUAACAUUAACAAUAAUGGUAAGCUAUAUUUGCAAGAGCGGAUAACAUUUUUAUUGCACCGGGGCUAAAGUAUAUAAGGCUGCACAUAUUGAUUCGAACAUCUUUCUGCACAGCCAGAGAAGGCAAACUCAGCAAACACAUCAACUAUAUUGUUUCUUCAACUUUCUGGUGCUGUUUGACGUAACAAAAUUACAAUGGCGUCUUAGAGCUACUGAAAGACAAAAACAAGAACUUUCCUCUGGGGAAUAAGCACUACGCAAAUUUUCUUUCAGCGAAUGAUCAAUGCCAUUAGGAAGAUUUUGGUACUUGAUUGUUAACAAGUAAUUGCAGCUGCAACCCAGUGGCGGGAGCGAAUUUUUAUAAUCAGUCGUUCGAGAUCUACGAAAUUACAACGUCGAGGCACAAUAUAUUGAUAAAGAAGAAGAAGACGAACGUUUCGAAAGUAUUUCGAAGGAAAUAUAUCAAGUCCUUUUCUCCAAUCAGGAAAAAUAGUAUUGCGCUCUGUCGUCUCUUUAUAAUCAUGAGAAGGGCAACAAUUUGUCAUCAAGAGAGAACAAUUCAAGUUAAUAAUGACGCACUGCUCUCGCUCGAGAGGAGUAAAAUUGACAUUAUGAACGAAGUUGCGAGGGCGUAUCACGAAAUUGAGGAAUUGAAAGCAAAGCUCGCCAAGAAAAACAGUCAAAUAAAGAACUCUCACGACUUUCAGGACACUCUAUUACUUCAGGCAGAGAAACUAAGGUACGAAAAAGAGCAGAUAAGUCAAAGAUGCGACAGUGUUAUGCAGGAAAUGAUGGAUCGCCUUCGGGUCAAGCAGGACAUCAUCUCACAAGUCAGGGAGGAGAUAGAGAAAUAUGUUAAGCUGAAACUUGAGGUCCAAAACAGGAACCAAGUCCUAAGAGAGCGGCUUGAGAAGCGAGACAAGAUAAUCGCUGGACUGAAAACUAAAUUGACAAUGAUGAGUAGCUGGACUGUACGUUCCACAAGCAGCGCACAAAUUGUGAGUUGAAGUUGGAGAUAAGUGAUAAUAAUACGCCUACUAUCGACUAAAAGGUAUCGGGCUUUAAUCCAAAGCGGUCCAUGCCGACAUAUGAGAAGGGGCUUCGACAGUUUCCAGCGGAUCUGCCAGAUCGAAGCGAAAUUCAAUAUUUGUUAGUCUUAAAACUUUGACGUACAUGUUUAUAGGCGGAAAAAAUGGCUAUAUACGCAAUGAUCACAGAAGAGUAGUUGGAGGCGUGAGAAUCAAUUCCGUUCAGAUGGAGAGUGAUACAAUCUCAAGUACUUAGAAAUAUUCAUGUGCGCACAUUAUCGUUGUGGUUGGAGGGGACAUAGUUUCAUCUCAUUAAUAGAGGAAAGUAACGGAGGAUCAAAUGCUAACGAAUCCAACCUCAUACCUGGUUCAGUUGUGUAUACUACAGUUGAAGUACCAUUCCCCUUCUUAAAUUGCUAAGUCAUCACUAUAGUGACAAAGCAAAAGGAAUCCGGCUUCAAAUGGCAGAGUUGAGAGCGUAUCAAUAGAUUAAUACUAAAGGAAACUUAAGAGAUGGAAUUACUGCUUCGCAAACAGCGCCACGAACGUGAUUAAACGCAUGAUAUGUCGUUAAAAAUGGUGUCAACUUUUGAAACAGAAACGUUUUCAAACACACGUACUUUCAAUCGUGCUGAUUCUUUGUAAACGUGGAGAUGUUAUUUGUUGAUUUUAUUACGUUAUUUGCUCAUAUUUCACGCUUCGAUGCCAUCGUUGGUUGCCUUUUUGACACAUAAAUGACGUCUAGGGCCAAAAGCUUUUGUGAAAAAAAUAAUGCUCACAUUGUUAAGACUGGGAUAGAACCAUUCCGCGUUUGACAUUUUUACGCAUUGUAGAAAAAGAUGUAUUGACAGGCUUCCCGAUCAAUUAAAUUCCAUAGCAACCAUGAACAGGCAUCAAACAAACGGAAGGAAGUCAUAUAACUGUCAAGUUAUAUCGUAGUUCAAUUCAACUACGCUAUAUUAAUGCAAAAUGAAACAGUGCGUUACUUAAUAGCAAUCACCGUAUCUUAGCUAUUACGUAAAUAAAGACAAUUCAAUUAUAUGCGA